GGGGGGGGGUGAGACGGAGAGACUCACUCUUGUCAUGUGAUUGCAAUAUCGCAAUAUUUGUGGCGAACUGAGUAAGGGGCAGCGAAAACAACAACUUGGCGCCCUCGCCCGCCUGAUCCAGCCUGGCAGAUCCUUCUCUCGCAACUUUCCCUCCUUCGCCAGUCGCAUUCCACAACGGACUGGACGGGGCUGAGCUGACUGGGGGAAUCUUGACUCCAGAUGUGCUCUUUUCUGCAAAAGCGCAGAUGACUUGCAGAUCGUGGAUUCUGGGGGGGAUCCGUCUCUGGCUCCGAAAGGAGCUUCUCUUGAGUGAGAUGUGUAGGAAGAAUCCUUCCUGACUCUUUAUAGAGUCCUCUGCCCCAAAUCGUUGAAUUCGACUUCUAAAAGCUUUCUGUGGCCCCAAAAGGCUGCUCCUCAUCCAUAACAAUGUAAGAUAUGGCAUACAGGACUACUGAGGAAAGGGGGAAUUGAUGGAAGUCAGAGGGCUACCUUCCACGAACUCAAGAGCAUUCUACUUUCACAAGACACUUUCAGACCAUGUUGAAGACUAAGCUAAAUGUCUUAACCCUUCGGAAGGAACCUCUCCCCACAGUGAUCUUCCAUGAGCCAGAAGCCAUUGAGCUGUGCACCACAACUCCAUUAAUGAAAACCCGGUCACACGCUGGAUGCAAGGUUACAUAUUUGGGUAAAGUUUCCACAACAGGGAUGCAGUUUUUGUCAGGUUGCACAGAGAAACCAGUCAUUGAGUUGUGGAAGAAGCACACGCUUGCCAGAGAGGACGUCUUCCCAGCUAAUGCCCUUCUGGAAAUCCGCCCCUUCCAAGUUUGGCUGCAUCAUCUGGACCUCAAAGGAGAGGCCACUGUCCACAUGGAUACCUUUCAAGUUGCACGUAUUGCUUACUGCACUGCCGACCACAAUGUCAGCCCAAACAUUUUUGCUUGGGUUUAUCGGGAGAUCAAUGAUGAUUUGUCCUACCAAAUGGACUGCCAUGCCGUAGAGUGCGAGAGCAAGUUAGAGGCCAAGAAGUUGGCCCAUGCCAUGAUGGAGGCCUUUAAGAAGACUUUCCAUAGCAUGAAGAGCGAUGGACGGAUCCACAGGAAUAGCUCAUCCGAAGAAAUGUCUCAAGAAUUGGAAUCUGAUGACGGCUGACUUGAACUCAUUACUGGUUAAGCAAAAGCAGAAAAUGGCCCUGGGAAUAGAAGCAUAUAGAUGAAUAAGCAACAGUUCAAUGUGGGAGUGAUGGGGCACCCAACAUGUGACUGAUCAGCUUUUCAAAAUAAAGAAGCAAUUCAGUAAAUUCCCUAAAAUAUAUGCAUCUUUAUAAUAACUGCACCACAUUGAAAUCUACUGCUGCUGUUUAAAAAUGUGACAAAACAUUUUUACUUGUGUUUCCAUUUUACCUUCAACCACAGCUUCCAGCCCCAUUUUGACCCUUACAGUUCAGGCUCGUCUCAUAAAGUUAAUAAAUUAUUUCAGUUUGCUUGUUGACACCAAGCGAACAAUUCUAAUGAUAGAAUCCUCUAGGAUUUGUUGCUAGAGUCUUAAUACAGUUGCAAAUGGGAUCCAUUUCUAGAGAGUAAAUACAAUUUGUUGGCCUACUGCUAAUCCUGUUGACUGUCUCCAGAUUGAACUAGCUACCUGCAGUCUUUUAGAUUAACAGCCUGAAAAUCUACAUGAACUCACAUUUCACAGUUUGAAUAUUCAAAGAUGCUUAUAUUUACACACUAUAAUCAUAUGCUAUAUUUUAUUUUAUUUUACCUUUUUAAUGUACCUGCAGCCACUCAUUUUCCACUUUGGCCCUAUAGUUUUUAAAUACAAACUUGCAGGGAUACCAAAAGACAGGGUGGGGAGCUGGGGGACCUGAUUGUGAACUGUUUUUGAAUGCCUGGGACUACCGAACCACUGCUGAAGAUUGUGAGAGAUUGUAAUUCGGUAAUUAAUGAUAAACUUCGGUAAUUAAGCAGUAUAUAAAUAGCUUCAAAAUAAAGAUCCUGGAUAGUUAAUAGUUAAGCUGCCAUGCAUGCUUUCCCUCAGUACUGGUAUAGUAUGAGACCCUUAGUUUCACAGCAGUCUUGCCACCAGCUAUGUCCAUAUUGCCCCCACUUCCUUGGGUAUCAUUUCUUAUGUCCAGUUUGAUCACAGGGUGUCUUACAAGGGAAAGGGAUCAGGUUUUUGAAAGCAGAUUAUUUGUUGUGAUUCAAAACCUCCUACUAAUAUUUCCAGAACCCUUUUCUGGUCACAGGUGAAAGGGUUCAUAACUUGAGAAAGUUGUUUAUUUGUUUCUUUUUUAAAAAUAAAUAAAUAAUGUUUUAAAGGCCAAGUGCUGAUUAAUAGGUUGCAGAUAACGCUGCUCCUUUAUACAUAUAGUCUUGUUCAUAAAUCGUGGUAAUGUUAGGGGCACGAGGGCACCUUACAGAAGCCUUAAAAGAAAGCUAAUCAAAGCAGAUAGCUCUAGCAGUCUGUUCCAUUGUGUGUGAAUAUGUAUACUUUGUAUGUUUGUGCGAGUGUGUGUAUGUGUGUCUGCGUGUGUGAUCCGUGUCACAGCAUGUAGAUUGAUCAUGGGAACAUACUGAGGAGGACUUGCACCUCUUGAAAAUAAUAUGCUUAUUGCUUUCCAAUGUAUGUAAACUAUUCUGCAAUGUAAAGGCAUUCAUACUUUAAUAAAAAAAAAGGUUUGAAUCAAAGAUAAAUAAUUUUAGGCUCUUUGAUUUUAUCUGUACAUUCCUGUUUUAUUUCAAAUACCAUAUCUCACUUUUAAUAUGCCAUUUUACAACGGUAAUUUAACUAAUUCAAAGUUCUGCUGCAGCGUAUUAAUGGAAGCUAAUAUGACUAAAAUAACCAUCUUCCCCUCUAAUUAACUGCAAUAGUUAUUUUAUCAUUUUCCACUGAACAUUAAAUCUCAAAUUAUUGCAUUUUAAAUGAGCAUAUACUUUUAUUUCGGUAUGCGUGGACCCUCCUUCCAAGCCCCUAGUUUGGCAUUCAGAGCCAGAGCUGUAAAGUUUG